CUGUUCCCUCUGUGUCACACUGAUAUCGUUCCGUCGCUCAGCCUCGCAGUGCAUCACCAUGUUUUCGGGUCUGAGAGAGAAAGUGGGCCAGGUUCUGGUUCCGGGAGAUGAGUUCAGUCUGGAGGUCCAGGAGACCCUCUCUCUCACGGAGCCCCUGAAGCCGGAGAAGGUGCUCCUCGGCCCGGGUCUGAAGAGGAGAGGAGACCGGAAGCUGCUGGUGGUGAAGAGCGGCGUGCUGAGACACAAACAGCCCCACGUGUUCUGGGUGGAAAACCAUCAGAGGAGGUAUGUCCCGGCUAAAGGAGAGACGAUCAUUGGAAUCAUUACGGUCAAAUCCGGAGACGUCUUCAAGCUGGACUUUGGAGGAAGUGAGCAGGCGUCUCUGUCCUACCUGGCUUUUGAGGGAGCGACCAAGAGGAACCGUCCAAAUGUCCAGGUGGGCGACCUGGUGUUUGCUCAGUUCAUUGUAGCCAAUCAGCACAUGGAGCCUGAGCUGGUGUGUGUGGACAGCGCUGGGAGAGCCAAUGGGCUUGGAGUAUUUGGAGCGGGGGGGCUGCUGUUCAGCGUCUCUCUGGGACUCGUCAGGAGGCUGCUCCGCCCCCGCAGUGACGUCCUCUCCGACCUGCAGAAGCUGUUCCCCUGCGAGCUCGUGGUGGGGAUGAACGGCCGUCUGUGGGUGAAGGCGAGCAGCGUCCAGCAGACGCUCAUCAUCUGCAACCUGCUGCAGAGCUGUGAAACCAUGACAACCGCCCAGAGGCAGCAGCUGUUCAGGAGGGCGGCGCAGGGGGCGCUGUAGGGACUACUUUCUGACCGGGUGGGACUACUUUCUGUCCGGGACUGCUUUCUGACCGGGAGGGAAUACUUUCUGACCGGGAAUACUUUCUGACUGGGAGGGACUACUUUCUGACCAGGAGGGACCGCUUUCUGACCGGGAGGGACUACUUUCUGACCGGGAGGGAAUACUUUCUGACCGGGAAUACUUUCUGACUGGGAGGGACUACUUUCUGACCAGGAGGGACUGCUUUCUGACCGGGAGGGAAUACUUUCUGACCGGGAGGGACUACUUUCUGACGUAUUCCUGUCCAGGAUUGUCUGAUGUCGUGUGGAAGAAAAAAGACUGCAAACCCCGGACGGUGUAAAAAAAUUAUAACUUUUUUUAUAAUUCCUGAGUUUUCCACGAGGUGUCGAACUUUUUCUUCGUUUUGGCCUCGGCUCACGGCCAAUCAAACUGCAGACAUUCAUAAACAAACGUUUCUCACACAA